AUGACAGACGAGCAAAGUUGUUUUUGCUCCCGGCGAGCUUGUUGUCAGUUGGUCACUGAAGAUGACUUGAAGGUUUUGGUUAAUUUCUUACGGGAGUUUAGUUACUUGUAUGAAAGUCCGAACAUUCGGUUCCUUGCCGAUAAACAAUGGCAAAGACCUCCUGUUGAGUUUGGUUAUACGCUUGAAAAUCGCUUUCAGUGGCUUCAGUUCCUUUCUGGCUUGGAUAACGAGCAACUUAACCAGCUGCCUUUUGCACCUUGUACAGCGAACUCUCCGCCUUCCUUGCAAGACUUUAUUCGCCGCAGUAAAGAAGUUAGUCAUUUGCCGGUAUUCAGCUUCUGUUGUUUCGACAACUGUUUGGAGAAUGAAAAGAGGAAUGAUUUGUAUUGCAGUGGAAUAAAAGCAAAAAAGUUGCACGAAAUAGAGAACUUUGCUUUGAUUCUUAAAGAAUAUUGCAGACGUUAUUGUAUCAAACGCAUAAUUGACGUGGGUUGUGGAAUUGGGCAUCUCUUGAAUUAUCUCGCUGAUGAAUUUGAGGUUGUUGGGGUAGAAUGUGACGAACGACUUUGCUGUGUUGGAAGACAUCGAUAUAGCUCUAUAAAUUACAGAAAUCUAAAAUUGAACAGAGAAAGUUUGGGGGAUACUCAUAUCCUCAGUUUUUUUGAGGGCACAGAGCCUGACCGUAGUGCCAUUGUAUCUUUACACGGCUGUGGUGAUUUGCAAACAAUUUUACUGAAGCUUUUUACGCGACUUAAGAAGGAAAGAGUGCCCUUAAUUUUUGUUGUUUCGUGCUGUUACCAUAAAAUGUCUGGAAUAGAUGAAGAAGUUGCUGCUUGGGCUCUUAGUGAUUGCGUUAGAAAAAUAAGUCCAUCAGGCUGGAGAUUGAGACGUAGUGGUCUACGGCUUGGUUCUCAAAAGCAGAUAUGCAGUUGGGUUUGUGGUAGAGAACUACGGUCCUUUCAUGAGAGGAAUUUUUUGACCAGAGCCCUUCUCGAAUGUGUCAAUGACGUAACAGGUAUAAUAUCACCUAGCUCUCCUCGGCAGUUAUCUCGAUCACUUGGUAGUAUCGACAACAUUAUUUCUAUUAUCGCAGGUCGGAUGAAUAUCUCUAAAGAGCUUUCUUUGGAACUUGAAAACGCUUCUAUGUUUUACAUGUUUUUGCUCUGUUUAAUAGGUCCUGAAAUUUUACUAAUAAAUUUUAUUAAUUGGCGUCUAUUGGGUCUUCCAGCUGCUACAGUCACUAAUUCAAAUGCCAAUAGAAUCGCUAAUCCUAUGGGAUCGUCUAUACUUCUUAAUCGAGUCAGGUUAUGA